GUGUAUGAGGGAGAAUCCGUCUCAACUGGGGAAAAGAUGUUCUGUGAAAACUGUAGAAAAUUGGAGACAAAGACUGAAUAUUACGCCUAGCAGUCGGGGAUCGUGAGAUUUGGCGUUCUGAAACGAAACAUCUUCCUGGGUGUGAGUAAAGAGGGUCACCGUACGAUGCUUUGUGUGAAUUGUUUCGGUUAACGUUCAUUGGAAUAAACAGGCGAUAUAAACACACGAGCGAAGUUGAAAAUAAUGACGCUGCUUUGGCUGUGAGUGACAGAGAAGGGUCUCAGUUCUGACAGCUAGAUUCUUUGUUGGCACAGCAGCCAAUCGUUGAUUUUUACGACACAAUGGUGAAGCCAAAGUUGUGGUAUAAAAAGCCGUGUUGGAAUAUAUGAGAUUUACCAGUGUGCUUGGCCAUAUCCCAGCCCAACAGGCUCUAGCAAACUUUUAACUGGAAUCAGAAGAGGAUUCACUUCAAGACCUGGGAACAUGCAAACAUCACAAGUGCUAAUUUACCUGGCUCUCUUUGGUGCACUUGGUCGAGUAGGUGGUAGAGAUGGUGCUCACGCGAAUUUGACAGAUAUUAAAACGGAAUCGCUAGAAAAAGGGCCAGACAGUGACUAUAACGUGUCCGAGUGCUCGGCUUGUAGGUGGAGAAAGGAGAAUAAGGCACUGAGACUGGAAUCUAUUAAAUCGCAAAUUCUGAGCAAACUGCGUCUCAAAGAAGCGCCCAACAUUAGUCGGGAUACAGUGAACCAACUUUUACCGAAAGCUCCUCCUCUCCAACAACUACUUGAUCAAUAUGAUAUCCAAGGGGAUGAUAAUAAUGACGCCUUAUUAGAAGAGGACGAUUAUCAUGCUACAACUGAAACUCUCAUCACCAUGGCCACGGAGCCUGAACCUAGUGUCCAAGUCGAUGACAAACCGAAAUGUUGUUCCUUCAAGAUCAGCCCCAAAAUGCAGUUCAAUAAAGUAGUCAAAGCCCAUCUCUGGAUAUACCUGCGACCAGUGAAGCAAACGACGACAGUCUUCAUGCAGAUUCUGCGGCUAAAGCCAGUCGGACAAGAAUGGACUAACCACACACCCAUUCGCUCUUUAAAAUUCGACAUUAACUCCGGCACUGGCCAUUGGCAAAGUAUAGACUUCAAACGUGUACUACAGAACUGGCUCAAGCAACCUGAAUCGAACUGGGGCAUCCAAAUCAAUGCGUCUGACAUCAACGGUAUCGAUCUGGCUGUCACCUCCCCAGGGGUCGGGGAGGAAGGAUUGCAACCGUUCCUCGAAGUAAAGGUAACGGAAACAUCAAAACGGUCUAGAAGAAACCUUGGUCUUGACUGUGACGAACACUCGACUGAAUCUCGCUGUUGUCGUUAUCCCCUCACAGUGGACUUUGAGGCUUUCGGUUGGGACUGGAUAAUAGCACCCAAGAGAUACAAAGCCAAUUAUUGCUCAGGACAAUGCGAGUACAUGUUCCUGCAAAAAUUCCCACAUACCCAUCUCGUACAGCAGGCCAAUCCUAGAGGUUCGGCUGGGCCCUGUUGCACCCCGACUAAGAUGUCCCCUAUUAAUAUGUUAUAUUUUAACGGAAGAGAACAAAUCAUCUAUGGAAAAAUACCAGCAAUGGUAGUGGAUCGCUGUGGUUGCUCUUGAGAACGACCAAAAAAAGACGUGAUACGUCCCGACAACUGGACGAGCGAAAUACGGUCGUGUCAACGAUUUUCUGCAUCACCCAGUACUGUGCAAUAGGCAAAGAAGAGAUUGUAUUUGUGUUGCUCCCACCCAAAAGAAAGUAAUAACACGGGCCGAACGAGAACAGCAAGAUUCCAACACAUAUUGAAUUCAACGGUCCAGUCCACUGUUCCAUUUCAAACAAGAGGAGCCAGUAUACAUUUCUAGCAAGACAGAACAUCCCAUACAAAUUCACCCAAAUCAUAAUAUGUAGGAACAAUUCCAAUCCCAGCUUUGAUGAAUUGGUUAAAAGCAUAAGAGGUAUUCGGUAAUAGAAAAAAAAGUGCCAUUGCAUAUUCUUAAAAAUAGUCCAGAAACUUUCUGGCAUAGACUUGACAAUUAAUUUCUCAACUCAGAGAAUUACUUGGUCAUCGGCCAACAUAAAAACAAUAUUCGUGUAUUUUCAGCAGAUAGUAACAUUCGACUUCAAUAUUUAACUCUGUUCAGAUAAACAGGAGCAUUUACAUUAUCAUGUCGUCUGAACAACUCUAAACUUGAAUUUUAUGCAUUGGCAUUACGGGACAGAUGGACUGUCUUUCGAAGCUAACAGAAGCACUAUGUCUGUGGACAAUGUUUAAGGCAAAUUGGACAGGAUACCACAAGUCUGAUAAGUGUUAAGACCCUGUUUGAAUUCUGCCUUGGCAACAAUACAGUUUGCACUACGGCAAGCCAAUAGAGAGAACUGAAUUGGUUGCUACAAAGUUGUAAAAACUGAAUUUGAUAUGACUGCGUAUGUUCGUUGAAUAAUGUGUACAUGGCAUUCAUUUUGUAAAUGUUUUCUUUUUUUUUCCUUUUCAUCUUUUUCCAUGGUUGGUAUGAUAUAACAUGCCUACCAAGAGCAAGAUUUGAUACAACUUACGUUAUGUGCUCAUUGAAUAAAGGUGCUUGCUUUUGCUGUAUCUGAAGUUAAAUACUCAAUAGUAUGAAAGAAAGUAACUGAUGAAUUGAACCGAAUAUGGGCAAUAUGCGAUAUCGCAAUGGGUGCACUGUGGUGGUGAUCUCUUUUCUUGAAGUCCAAGAAAGGUAACAGUGGUUGAUGACAGAAUAGAGUCUCUUGUAGAAUAAGACAUUGUACAAAGUCAUUCUUGUACAUUAUUCGGCUCGGGUCAUUAUAUCAUUCACGUUAAAAGCAAUUAUUUUA